GGCCACAUUCGGAGGGACAUCGGAGGGAUACUUCCCAGGGCUCGAUCGAUGCCUAUAUAAAUAUUGAACAAGUGCCAUAUUUCACGCUUAGUAUGCGAGAAUCGAACGCGGCCGCUGCAGAGGAUUGAACUCCUCGCGAAAUACAACCGAAAACCCGCCAAACAAUCCAUAAAUCAGCAGAGCCAUGAAGAGGCGACGCGUAACUACGGAGACGGGAGCUGGAGCGGGAGCGGGAACUCGUUUCGGCUUCCGUGUUGCAUCGGGGAAGAUGGCACGCGCCUGCCACACGCUGCUGGGGCUAAUUGUGGGACUCGGAAUGAUUGGCGUGUGCUCGGCCGUCGGCUAUUCCUACACGCGCUUCGAGGGUCCGGUGGCGGGGCCAGAGCGCCUGGUGACGGUCCACAACGGACGCACCGAUUAUGUGGCACGGCCCGAGUACAGCUUCGCCUAUGGCGUCGAAGAUGGCAAGACGCGUGUGCUGCAGAACCGCAAAGAGACGCGCAACGGCGACGAGGUGCGGGGCGUCUACAGCGUAGUCGAUCCUGAUGGCACCUUGCGUGUGGUUAAAUACACCGCCGACGAUGCCAAUGGCUUUCAGGCGGAGGUUAUCACGAAUGGUGUGAAAACGUUGCACGGCCAUGGCGAUGCUGAAGGCGGAUCGAGUGGAGGCGGUGGUGGUGCAUCGGUGGACGAACAGGUGAGGCAUGAGAGCGCUGCUGGUGACGAAGAAGAGCAGGACAAUGGCCACUACAAGGUGCACGAGGACUACGACGAGGCAGAUGGCGACGGCGAUGGAGAGGACAAGGAGAAGGAAAAGGAGAAGGAGGGAGGAGGAGAUGAAGACGAGGAGGGUGGCGGCGACCAUCAGGAGUACGAGGGCAGCAGCGAGGAGGGCUACGACGAGGCCGAUGCUCACAGUCAGCAGCAGGAGAGCAGCGAAGAGUAUUAGAUUCUCAGCAGAAGGAAUCCCUAUCUAUAAGCUAUAUCUAUAUGUUAUAUUUUUUUAUUUUUUUUUUUUGUGAUAUACCAAAAAUAUACCAGACUAAAUACUCGCACAAACUGCAGAUUCCAACGGGGAUCCUUAGACUUUGCAUAAUCCCCCAACUGUGACCCGAAACAAGAGCAAGAGCUCUGAAUAAAACACUAAUUGAAAUAUCCAGCAAUGGAUGGAGGAAUGGUGUGGGAAUGCCUUUGCGUAACCACCGGCACCACAUCAACGUCAUGGACAUGGCGCCAGUGGACAUCGGCCAGUGAAGCGUGUGCUCCAGCUUCAGCUUUAGCUCCGACAUGGACUUGG